CUUGGGUGCAUGUUUGCAGUGUUGUGAAGCUCCAAGGUUUGUCUUGAAAAAGAUGUUGUGAUGCUAGUGAUACACAACAGAGGACUGAUGCCACCAGCUAUGCAGCUAAUCGCUCUUCCCGCUGCAUCGGCUGUAGAGCUGUUCUCUAACAACCAGAAUCCCCCCGCUUCCACUGCAUCCUCCGCCAUGCUUAAUAAAAGUUGUCGUUUCCUACUAGGUAUCUGUAGAGCGAAGGCAGUGCUUGCUCCAUUAGCCUCAAAGCCACGGGCGUACGACAGUUGGGCUAGAUGCUGUGGGGACUGCGUGGAGCCAGUUGUAGUCUGACAGAAACGGGACAGACAAGGAAGGGCAGGGCAGGAAGGGUUGCGUGGAUAGAGGAAAAGAAGUCAUCCGCUCAGAGAGACGGGGAGAGGGAGAGAGAGAAAGAGACAGAGUGAGACAGAAUAUUGUGAUGGCACCGUUAAGCAGCCGACUGGAAAAAGUAAAGUAUUUAGCUUUACUGUGACACAACUGUUAGCCUAGCAGGGUUGUCGUGUUCAGAGCUGUGUAAAUAGGAUACUGGAUGACACUGCUUCCUGUCUGCCCUCCAUCUUUUCUAUGCUUUACGAAGAUGGCUGCAUGAUCCCUUACUCCUCCUUUGAUCAAUGGAUAGUUCUCACCCUCAGAAUGUGCUGAGUCACCUGAAUGAGCAGCGAUCCCAGGGGCUUUUCUGCGACGUGACCAUUGUAGUGGAGGAUGUGAAGUUUAAAGCGCACAGGAACGUCUUGGCAGCCUGCAGUGGCUACUUCAAGACUGCGCUGACAACUCCAGAAACAUGGAAUCACUGUCAGGUCCUUGAGUUGAUGGAUUUGAAAUCAGAAGUGUUUGCCAGUGUCCUAAACUUCAUCUACUGCUCAAAAGUGACCACAGCUAGUGCAGAGGAUACAAAGCGACUUGUUGCAGGAGGGAGAAGACUCGGGAUUCCUUUUCUAGAAAAUCUCACUGAACAAGAGGUACAGGACCAGGCAAAUGAAAAUGCCAUUGCAAUUCCUGUGCAAAAGAAGGCAAAGAGAAAAGCCCCAGUGCCUGAGGAGGUGGGCACUUCCAGAGGGCCGAGGAUCACUAAUGCCUUUUCCAUGACGGAAGUCUGUCCUGAAAACAACCCUUUCACUCCAGGUCAAAAUCAAUGGGAGACUCGGUUACCAAACGUGGCGGAGCUGCCAACAACCUGUCCAUCGAUCUCCAUCAGCCAAUAUAACGAAACUACCCAAACCCUCUCCGACCAUUCAUAUGCAGUAACCCAAGCAACUCAAGAGCACUUUCAGUGGGAUAAGGAACCAAGUCCACCAUUGACUUCACAACCACAGCAACAGACAUAUAGUAAUGCAGGACCAAUUAAGAAACGUCACAAGCACAGUGGCUCUUAUGCGAGAAACAUACUUCAAACACCAGCUGCAACACAAAAAGAUCAGACUAAUACGUCGAUGUCAGUUAAAGCCGCAUACGAAAAUCCUGUUACAGCCACUGCGCCUUCAUCACUGGAGUCUGGAACAAACAAGAGUGUAGAUGAACCGGUGGCUUCAGACCAUGCGCAACUAAAUCCACCAUCUCUGUCUACUAAGGCAGACAACAGCAUCCAGAUAUACGAGUGUGAACAGUGCCCGGAGAUAUUCACCAAUAAAGCACUUCUCACCAUUCACUUAGAAGUCCACAAGAAGCGUUUUGUCGGUAACCUGCUUUGCAAGUUCUGUAACAGGCGGUUCAUUCACCUCAAACGUCUGCGCAACCAUGAACACCUGUGUCCCAAAGCUCCCAUCGAACAUGCAGAAAUAAAGCCAUGUGAUGCAUCAGACAGAGAGGUGGACCCUGAUCCUUGUGAUGCAUCUACUGUGGAAACAAAAACUGAAUCCCCAUCUCCUGAACUUCCCAUCUCCUGCAAACAAGAGCGGAGAUACAACUGCCGGAUGUGCAAAAGAGUAUAUGCCAAUUUCUCCAGUCUGAAGCGACAUGAGAACGUGCACUCCUGGCAGAGAGCCUACCCAUGCCAUUAUUGCAAUAAAGUCUUUGCUUUGGCGGAAUAUCGCACCAAACAUGAAAUCUGGCACACAGGUGAGCGUCGCUAUCAGUGCAUCUUCUGCUUGGAAACAUUCAUGACGUACUACAUCUUGAAGAACCAUCAAAAGUCUUUUCAUGGAAUCGAUCCAACCCUAGCAGUGAGGAAACAUUCAGCUAACGGAGGUAUUAAAUCCAGUGUUUAUCCCAUCAAACUCUACCGGCUCCUGCCCAUGAAGUUUCGAAAGCGUCAGUACAAAUCCUACAGUCACACAUACAAAGAAGACGAGGAAGGUGAUGACAUCGCAGAGGAGAGCAAAUAUCUUCAUUCCUCUGGAGAAGAAAAUGGCCUUAUAAAAGAUACCAGCAACGAUUCGCUACAACCAACGUUCAUGGCAACAACAAAAACGGUUGCCCCUGUAAUGCCCCGCAUCAGCUUUGACAAGCCUUGUUUUGAAAAUAUGGACUCAGAAUUGAAUGAAGCCGUUGCUUUCCAACAUAAAGACAGAAAGGAAGAGUCGGAACACAAGAAACACAAGGAACAAUCCCUUCUCAAACACAAUAUGCCAACCUCACAACCUCAGCCAGUGUUCCUUCCUAUGGGCAUUACAGAUUUCCCAGUCGAUGACUUGAAAUCAGAGCAUAAUGUGGCAUUCCUAAACUCAUUAAAAAAUGUUAAAAAGCUUGCAGAGUUAUCCGAAUCAGCCAAAAGGGUAGAAGAAAUGACCAAGGAGAUACUUGAGUCAAGUUCUGAGCUUUUGUCGCCCGAUAAAAUGGACGUGGCGAAGACGCAAACCUACAUUGCCAAACCUGCGUGCACUGGAAAAUCCAUGGAAGGUCAUUCAAUGCCUGUGUGCCAGAUAACAGUUAAAAUAGGAAAUGAAUCCAUCAUUCGCCGCAGAAUCAAAGGAUCCAAACUCUUUCCGAAGCAGAAAAAGAGAGACAAAGAACUGAGGGAUAAGGACUGGUCAAGUCAGCAGCCUUCCUUUCUGGAUGCAUCUGAGGGUCCCAGACUUCGGCUCAGAUCCGAAGACUCCCUGGACAAAGUUCCAAAAACCUAUGAGGAUCCCAAUGACUGUGACACAGCCGACAAGCUCUGGCGCCCUUAUUAUUCAUACAAAUCAAAGAAGAAGAGAAAGAAGCUUAAGUACAAACAUGGGCAACUGUUGUUGAGCAAUUACCCUGAAACACUCGAGGACAGAAGUCAUGGCUACGAGAUUAAGGCCCAACAAGACCGGCGGCAGGAAGAGAGCAAUUUGGGUGUCAGUGGGGAAGUUAAAAGCAGCUUUGGGAAAAACAGCAGUCCAAGGACCAUGUAUAACUGUGAUAUCUGUGGUAGCUCUUUCAUCACUGAGACAGGUUUGAGAGCACAUACUAUUGGUUCCCAUCCAUGUUUCUGUGUGACCUGCGGGGCACAAGGACCGCCCGGGGAGGUCCCUGCUGGUGGCGAUUACAUUUGCAAUAAAUGUAUGGAAAGUGGCUCUUGUUUUAAUAACGCAGCUCGGAGCCCGAACCCAGAGAAGAAAUACCGCUGCGCCUACUGCCCGCAGCGCUUUCUAUACCUUGCCACCAAAAGGAGUCACGAAAAGAAACACAGCGAGGCAACUGAUGGGGCAGCCAAAUAUGAGAAUUUUGAACCAUGUUUGAAUGAAGAGGCAAAAUGUGAUUCCAUUAAAACAGAGGAUAGCAAACAAGAUACCCUGGGUGUCGGUAACACCAUGAUGGGAGGGGGACUGUUUCUGAAGAAAAAGAUCUUGAAGCACUUUUCCAAUUAUCAAGACAUGUCUCAAAAUAAAGGGUUCCUCUCGCCACAGGAAAAAGCUCGGCAUACCAUGCAGCUGAUUGCGAAAACCCAAGAAGGUGACAGCAAUGGCGACAAGUACAGUUUAUCAAUGCAAACCAAGAAGUUCAGUGACUCUGACAAGUCCUGCAAAAUGGGUCGAAAAAGUGACCAUAUGACUCUCGACAAGUUAGAGAAUGUUGUGUGCAAAGAGGAGCCACCGUUUUGAAUCACCAAGAAAAAG